CAGCUGUGUCUUGGGUCCUCAUUUCCAAAACAAAUGAAAUGGCGUCCCGCAUAAAAUGGAGUCUCUUACGGUUAAUUCGGUCACGAAAUACAUCACAUUUUAGGUUUCCAGUCAAGACGCAAUACCAUUUCCACACACAAUGCAUUGGCCAGAACCUCAGAAAAGUUCAAAUUCUGCCUUUUACUGGACCCAAAUAUUUCGCAGUGCGACAAUUGUCCAUUCAGACACAGGACACUCCAAAUCCCAGAAGCUUGAAGUUUCUCCCUGGUAAACCUGUGCUGGGGGCAGGAACCCUGGACUUUCCUUCACCAAGCUCUGCAGAAUCUUCCUCCUUAGCCAGGGAAUUGUUUGAAAUCGAAGGAGUGAAAAGUGUGUUCUAUGGCCCCGACUUCAUUACCGUGACCAAGGCGGAUGACGAUGUGGAGUGGACAGACAUCAAGCACCGUGCCAUGGAGGCCAUCACUAAGUUCUUUGACAGCGGAGAGCCCAUAACCACAGGGGUGACACACCAUGACAGCAGUCACUCUGAAGAUGAUGAUGAAAUUGUUUCAAUUAUAAAGGAGCUUCUAGAUACAAGGAUCAGGCCCACUGUAAUGGAGGAUGGUGGUGAUAUCAUCUUUAAGGGCUUUGAGAAUGGCACGGUGAAGCUGAAGCUGGUUGGCUCAUGCACUGGCUGCCCCAGCUCCACUGUCACCCUGAAGAACGGCAUCCAGAACAUGCUGCAGUUCUAUAUCCCAGAGGUGGAUGAUGUGGAACAGGUGGAAGAUGAAGCGGAUCAUAUUAGCGCCAAGGUUUUCAACGAGUUAGAAAGCAAGCUAGGAGACGUGUAAAACUACUGCUGUUUCCCAUGCAUAUAGAUAAACACACUGUUGUAUAGAUGUCAUGCAAACCAAAUCGACCCUGCUUUCAUUAUUAGUGCAAUAUUCAUGACUGAGAGAAAAUAAUAUGUAGCCUUGCACUUUCCAAAUACCUACAAGUGUCCUGUAGUCUUGUUUUAUUAUUUAUCCAAUUAGUUGUUGUCUUUCAUUCAUUAAAAUACUGUACUUGCAGCUGUUACAGUGAUGCAAACACACUUAUACCUAUACCAGAUAGAAUAUGAUUGGAUGUAUAAAUCUCAAGCAUUUCAACUCACUACCAAAUGUGUUGAUGCUAGUAAGCCCAGGUGCUGGUAAUGGAACUGGGUCAACAUUUAAGGUAUAUAACAUUUAAGUAAUUCUCAUACACUUGUCAAGAGCAAGUCAAAUUACUGAGUGCCAACAUUGUCACUGAUUAAACGUUUGAUCUCAAUACA